AUGUGCUUGUGGGCACUUGCAGUGGUAGGAGUGUUGGCCCCCAGCAUCCUAGUAGCGCUAGCCUUAGCAGCACCAGGCUUCAUCAUCUGGUGUCCAUAUGGAGGGAUGAAUGUAAUCACCUGGUAUAGGAGAGUCGCGUAG